AUGAAGAAGAAUCUAAGACAUCUAGCGCUUGUUAUGUCUGUCUACAAUAAGUCUGAUGUCCAUCCCUCAACCUUCAUUCUCAUUGGCAUUCCUGGAUUGGAGGCAGCACACAUGUGGAUCUCCAUUCCCUUUUGUGUGGUCUACAUUUUGGCACUAGUGGGAAACUGUUCUCUUCUGUUCAUCAUCAAGACAGACGUCAGCCUCCAUGAGCCAAUGUACCUCUUCCUCUGCAUGUUGGCAGUGGCUGACCUUGUGGUGUGCACUACAGCUGUUCCGAAACUUCUCAGUCUCUUCUGGUUUCAUGAUGGAGAGAUUUCCUUUGAAGCUUGCCUCACUCAGGUCUUCCUGAUUCACUCUUGCUCAACCAUGGAGUCUGGCUUUUUCUUGGCCAUGGCAUUUGACCGUUAUGUAGCCAUUUGUAACCCAUUAAGACACUCAGCUAUUUUGACACACACUGUAACCGGAAAGAUAGGUCUAGCUGUUGUCCUUCGGGGACUAGCCCUUCUCAGUCCUCACCCUUUCUUGCUAAGUUGGCUUCCUUAUUGUAAGACCAACAUAAUUUCUCAUACUUAUUGUGAGUUCAUGGCCCUCAUCAAGAUUGCCUGUGCUGAGACAUCCAUCCGCAGAGCUUACAGUCUCGUUGUUGCCUUCCUCACUGGGGGUGUUGACUUCAUACUCAUCAUUUGUUCUUAUGUCCUUAUACUCAACACUGUCUUCCACCUUCCUUCCAAGGAUGCCAGACUCAAGACUCUGAGCACCUGUGGAUCACAUGUUUGUGUCAUCUUAGUGUCGUAUACCCCUGCCUUCUUCUCCUUCCUCACCCACAGGUUUGGGCAUAAAGUGACACCCAAAGUGCACAUAUUUGUGGCCAAUAUCUAUCUUCUUGUACCACCUAUGGUGAACCCCAUUAUUUAUGGAGUAAGGACCAAGAACAUAAGAAACAGAUUUCUCAAAGUAUUCAGGUUUUGA